AUGUUAAAGUCAUAUGAGGGUGAUGGAAAAACUGAUGAGUUUGAUUGUUUGGAGGAUUUUGAAGUUUACAAGUUGGUGUUUCAAGAAACCCCAAUUGAAUUCUUUGACUAUACAUUAGUUGAAGGAAGUGAAAAAUCAGUUCUUGAUUCUUCAACUCAAGAAAAAGACUCUACCACUGCCAAAGUUGAUCUUGAAAAUACAUUGGAAGAGUUGUUGAAAGAAAUGGAUGAGUUUGAAAGCAAGACUUGGAGUAGUGAUAAUGUGGACAGGAAGAAAAUUGAGUCAUUGGGCACAAAGGUCGAUAAAGUUGUUGAAAAACAACAAAAAGAAGAAAUGAUAAUGGAAAAUGGAUCCAAGGAGGUUGAUAAAGUGAAAAAGUCACGUUCUUGGAGUAAUCUUGAUUGCAACAACUCUAAUGAUAAUAAUCUGGGGAGUUACGGAUCUAUGAGGAAAGAAAAAGAGUGGACAAGGACAUUAGCAUGCAAACUUUAUGAAGAAAGGCACAAUGCUAGUACUGGUGAAGGAAUGGAUUUGUUAUGGGAAACUUAUGAAUUAGACUCAUCAAAGAGCAAGGCUUUAAAGUUUUCAGCUGGAAAGAUGAAUUUAGGAAUGGGAAGGCCUAAUCUUGUUAAGAUUUCUAAAGCAAUUAAAGGGUUUGGAUGGCUCACCAAGAAAAACAAGGUCCAUUGUGGAGAUAGAUUUUAG